GGCUUGGAGGCAAGAAAAAUGCAAGGGAAAACAAGAAACAUGCGUUAGAGCCGAGAAGAAUUCUGUCUUUGGUCAUCAUUUUCCAUGGUUUGGCAAACAAAAUAAAAAAUAAACAUGUCUGGUAUAUCACUUAUAUCAUUGGAUGGCAGUGAUGUGAUUGAAGUGCCACUUGCAAAGACAGUGAUAGGAAGGGGACCAUUCCUACAGGUCACUGAUAAGAAAGUUUCACGGAACCAUGGCAUACUGGAAGUGGAAAAUGGUGAUUUAUACCUGACACCAACACACAGUAAUCCAUGCUUUUUCAAAAAGAACGGAGCAGGUUCAGCUGUUGCUCUCCCUAAAGACGAGAAGCGAUGUCUCCGAGAGGGAGAUGUGUUUGGUUUACUGCCGGAUAAACUUUUCUUCAAAGUAAAAUCAAGCAAAAUUACAAAUGGAGCAAACAAGGGUGGCGAAAAUGACACGGCAGCUCAAAAGUCAGCAGAUUCAGAAAAUGAGGAAGAGGAGGAUGAGGAAGAGGAAGAUGUUGGAAGUCCUGCAAAGAAAGGAAAGAAGACACAAUCUCCUAGUAAGGAAGACAUGAGUCUGCCCACUGAAAAGAAGCGAGUACUUCCCAACUGGAUGGUACAGAUCGCCAAAGUAUCUGGCGUUUCUUCUAGUCCAACCAAGAAGGCAACAGCUAAACCAGAGAAGAAAAAACCAGCAACGCUCAAAAAGGCGGAGUCCGACGAGGAACAAAAAUCGCCCAAGAAAAGAGCCAAAGUGAAUGUAGAAGUAACUAAGAAAAAGAAAGCAGCCAGUGAAUCGGAGGUGUCCGAAGAGUCUGAGGAGGAGUCCGAAGAGGAGUACAAACCCAAACCGCGUGGUCGGGGCAAAGCUACUCCAAAAAAGAGGAAGAAAGAUGAGGAUGAUGAUGAGGAAGAAGAAGAUGAUGAUGAAGAAGAGGUGGAAUAUAAACCUAGAAAUACUGGCAGAGGACGAGGGAGGAAACCUGUGGUAAAAUCUCCACCUAAACGGGUGAAAAAGCAGAGUGAUGACUCAUCCGAGGAGGAAAUGUCGGAAGAGGAGUCACCAAAGAAAUCAAAACGGAAAGAUGAAUCUGAAGAAGAAGAAGUAAAGAAAAAGCCCUUUAAGCGAGUAAGACGAGUGCGGGAUUGGAAUACACCUUCCACGAGUCGUCCAGCCAGGUCAGCUGCGACAAAGAGGGGCAGUUAUGUAGAUGAAUUUGUUGCACCAGAUGACUUGUCAGACGAGGAAGAGGAUAUGUCGGACGCCAAGGAUAGCGACUUUGUACUAGAUGAUGAUGACUCUGGCAGCGAUUGGGAGGCUUCAAAUAGAAAAUCAAAAAAGACGCCAAAGAAAUCACCUGGUCGGAAGAGAGGGCGUCGGAGACGCGGAUCGGAUAGUGAUUCUGACGAAAGUUACGUUCCCCGUGUUAGUAAACGGCGAGCAAGUGCUGCAGCAACGAGGAAGUUCAAAGACAUUGAUGACGAGGAUUCAGAAGAGGAAUAUAAACCUAGACCAUCAGCACGACGAGGCAGAGGGCGUCGAAAGAAAGAAAGCAGCGAGGAUGAGGAUUCUGAGGAAGAUUACAGAAAAAAGAAGGGACGACCAAAGAAAAAGAAGAGUGAAAGUGAGAGUGAAGAAGAGGAGGAGGAGGAUGAAUCUGAAGAGGAAAAACCCAAGGCUCAGAAAGGAAAGAAAAAGGGAAAGGACGAAGAUAGUGACGAGUCUGAAAGUGAGGAGGAGAAGAAGAAACCUUCAAAGGCAGCAGUAAAACCACAACCGAAGACAGUAGCCAAGCCUGCAGCUAAACCUGUGGCAAAGCCGGAGGCAAAGAAAGACAGUGAGGAGGAGGAAGAGGAGGAGGAGGAGGAAGAUGAUACUCCGAAAGUGAAAAAGAGAAAGAAAUGCAUGUUUGGAAAGAAGUGUUACAGAAAAAACUCGGUUCACUUCGCUGACUUUUGCCACCCGGGAGAUGAAACAUAUGAUGAGGAGGACAGCGAAAUGUCGGAUGAUAUGCUUGCCAAAAAAUAUGCUAAAUACAAGGACAAUAUGAAAGAAAAGGCAGGACUAAAUAGAAAAAGUAGAAAGACGGAUUCCUUGGACGAUGAUGACGGUCUUCCGAAUACAUACGAUUAUAAGGAUUCUUUUAUCGACGACGACGCACGCUCCUCAGAAGAUAGUGACGAGUCCGAUCCGAAUCCUGGAGAUUCCGAUUCAGAUUUUGACCCGGAAAAUUCAGAAGAUAUCCGCAAACUUGUUAAAGAUGCCAAAGGAUUUAUCAAAAAUAAGAAAAUACAGAAUGCUAAGUCUUAAUGAAGUCAAAAAUCUGGACAUGUUUUAGUAUAACCAACUGGUGUGUUUAAAAUUCAGAUAGUUUUAACGAAGUAUGGUUAAUCAUCCACAUAACUGUACAUGUUAAAAUAGACAGACCUCCCAUGGAAAACUUUGGUCAUAUUGGCGUUAAAUCAUCAUAUAUACAGGGGAAUUCAUUAUGUCCUUCACAGACUGGAAAAGAAAUCAGUAUUUUUCACUUGAUGAUUUUUUAUAUCAUUUUAAAUCUGCAAGAAUGAAAAGAUUUGCCAGUGUUUUUGUGGUGAUAGAGAAAAUGUCUGAAGUUUUAAACUCUCUGGGUAGUGCUGAAUGAAGUUUUAAACCCGCUGGGAAGUGCUGAAGAGUUUGUUAUGAAGUAUUAGAAUUAUUUUUGGUAAGCUGGUAAUGUCGAGAUACUCAAAAUCUUGAUAUACUGCCGUUCUUUGCACUGUUUUGAUGUUAUAAAGGGAUUGUAGAUCAAUCAAGACAUUUUAAUGGAAAUUGUUUUUAUGAACAAUAAAUAAGGGUGAAAACGGCAUUAUAUGAUAGUUAGGGAGGACAUGAUCGGCGGUACCAUAUGCAACUGGUUAUUUUUCUUAGGUCAAAAUUUUCACAACCUCUACUCAAAAUGAGAAAUUUUUCUUAUCGUAUAGAAAUAACCAGCUAUGUUGAAGCUCUGAGUAAACCUGAGGACACGCAAGCAUUGAUCUACCAGCAGAAAGAUGGGAAUGCUUGUUAGAUGUAAAACAAUUGUACAAAAAAAGGACUAUCAUAAAUAAUCAUUUUGUUUCAGAGUAAAUGUUGCCAAUGUCUUGUCCUAGAAUCUGUCGUCUCACUAUUAACAACAGCUUAGUUGUUUUUAAUUUGUAAAUCUUCUAGGGAAGGCUUAUUGUAUGAAAUCUUGUGGUUUUGUGGAGAUUUUUUUGUAUGGAGAAUGAUGUAUUGUGUUUGUAAAUCUAUUUUCAUUUCAUAUGAGUAGUUGCUUGGAGCUAUGAAAAUAUUAUGUAUAUUACAUAUAUCAGCAUUGAUUCAAGGGAAACUGUAAAAUCUGCUAAGCUUCAUUAAAUAUUUUCUUAAUGUUUUUGUUUAAAUAGUAAUUCAUAUAUUUCACAUGAAAACUUGUGACACAAUUAAAGAUAUCAUACUUUUUUUUAAUGGGACAUUUACAGAAAUUUAGGGAAAAUUGUAUUUUUUUUAAAUUCAUUUUCUAGUGAUUCUCAUAAAAAAAUGGCAUUUGAAUGUAUUGGUAUUGGGUAUUACUGGAGGGAUGGAGGGAG